ACCAUCAUCAUGUUGAUAGAAAUUUUCAAGGGCAUAAUACUGCUAACCUUAAAGAUGAUAAAGUCAUAGAAUAUACAGAAAAUUCUUUAAAUCCAUCCUCAAAUGAAGUAAUUGGUUUGCCAGAUAUAACUAAUGCUUAUGAUAAUCAAAACUAUAAUAAGGGAAAUUCAGAAUUAAAUAAAAUAAGUAAUGCUGGCUCUUUGUAUCUUGAGCUUGUGAAAAGGCAGCAGAUGGAUCCUACUUUUCAUAUUGAUAUUCAAUUUGAGAGCAAGGACAAUUAUCUUAUAAGGCUUUGCUGGAUGAGCCCAAGUCAGCAGCAAUUGUGGGUCCAUUUUCACAAUGAUAUUCUUCUAGAUUCUAUAGCAAAAACUAAUUGUCAUUCAAUGAUCUUAUGUCUCGUGAUACUUGUGGAUAAUCAUAACCAUUCCCAUCUUGCAGCAGCUGCUAUUGUAUCUGAUAAAACUAAAGAUACUUAUGAAUAG